CCAGGGGCAGGGACCCAUGGCUGGAUUGCUCACCAGUGGUGGAAACACCUGGAAGCUUGAGAAAGGGAAGAGGGCCGGGGUUCUCUGGACUGGAAAUUCCCACUCCUUGGGCACCGGGAGUUUAUCUUGGAAACAGCAUCACCUUCUACAAGGAGAUCGUACUUACCUUCUCAGGUCCCGGGUGGGUAGCCAAUGUCCAGACUCCUGGCUUUCCUAAAACUUGACCUCCUGGAAGCCUUUUUAGAUAUUCUUGCCAUUGAGGAUGUGCUUGAACUUGGGCAGUUCUCAUGUUCUGAAGGACAACCUCUGGUCUCUGUGGAAUUACCUGUCACAGUAGCAGAGCCAGCAGGUCCCAGCUUGAGACCUUUUGCAGCCCUUAGUCCUGACUCUGGCAUCAUCACAUGAACAAGGAUGUUGCUGCCCGGACAGAAGGCCCACUUCUGCAUGUUACCUUGGGCCUGAUCUACCUUACCGCCAUUCCCCUCCCUGAGACUCGACCUGUGUCUGGGAGCCCAGCAAUGGGACACAGAAGGUGGCCCUUCCCCGGGCGGCGGUGCACCCUGGCACCUUCGGAAUGUCCUUAAUGAUUCAGUGGAGAGCUCGGAUGAUGAAUUCUUCGAUGCUAGAGAGGAGAUGGCAGAGGGGAAGAAUGCCAUCCUCAUCGGAAUGAGCCAGUGGAAUUCAAAUGAUCUGGUGGAACAGAUUGAGACCAUGGGGAAGCUCGAUGAGCCUCAAGGAGAAGGAGCCACGCCGUGCACGUCGAGCGUCCUCCAGGAGAAGCAGCGAGAACUGUACCGGGUAUCCCUGAGAAGACAAAGGUUUCCAGCCCAGGGAAGCAUCGAGAUCCAUGAAGACAGUGAGGAAGGCUGCGCUCAGCGCUCCUGUAAGACGCACGUGCUCCUGCUGGUGCUGCACGGGGGCAACAUCCUGGACACAGGCUCGGGGGACCCCUCCUGCAAGGCGGCCGACAUCCACACCUUCAGCUCCGUCCUGGAGAAGGUCAUGCGCGCCCACUUCCCCGCUGCCCUGGGCCACAUCCUCAUCAAGUUCGUCCCCUGUCCCGCCAUCUGCUCUGAGGCUUUCUCACUCGUUUCUAACCUGAACCCUUAUAGCCACGAUGAGGGCUGCCUCAGCAACAGCCAGGACCAUGUCCCUCUGGCUGCCCUGCCCCUGCUCGCCAUCUCCUCCCCGCAGUACCAGGAUGCUGUCGCCAUGGUCAUCGAGCGAGCCAACCAGGUCUACAGCGAGUUCCUCAAGUCCUCUGAUGGGAUUGGAUUCAGUGGGCAGGUGUGUCUCAUCGGAGACUGUGUGGGUGGCCUCCUGGCCUUUGAUGCCAUCUGCUACAGUGCAGGGCCUUCAGGUGACAGCCCAGGCAGCAGCAGCCGGAAAGGGAGCAUCAGCAGCACCCAGGACACCCCAGUGGUGGUGGAGGAAGACUGCAGCCUGUCCAGCAGCAAGCGGCUCAGCAAAAGCAACAUUGACAUCUCCAGUGGGGUAGAGGAUGAGGAGCCUAAGAGGCCAUUGCCACGGAAACAGAGCGACUCCUCUACCUAUGACUGUGAGGCCAUCACCCAGCAUCACGCCUUUCUCUCAAGCAUCCACUCCAGUGUGCUCAAAGACGAGGCCGAGCUCUCUGCUGUGGGGGGGCCCCAGCUCCCUGAGGUCAGCCUGGGCCGCUUUGACUUUGAUGUGUCUGACUUCUUCCUCUUUGGCUCACCCCUGGGCCUGGUCCUGGCCAUGCGGAGGACGGUGCUGCCCGGGUUGGACGGUUUCCAGAUGCGUCCUGCCUGCAGCCAGGUCUACAGCUUCUUCCACUGCGCGGACCCCUCUGCCUCGCGGCUCGAGCCUCUGUUGGAGCCCAGGUUCCACCUGGUGCCUCCCGUCAGCGUGCCCCGCUACCAGAGGUUCCCACUGGGUGAUGGACAAUCUCUCCUCUUGGCUGAUGCCCUGCACACCCACAGCCCCCUGUUCCUGGAGGGCAGCUCCCAGGGCAGCCCCCCGCUUCUGGAUGCCCCCGCUUCACUCCCUGAAGCCCCAAGGUUCCAGCGUGCCGGACGGAGGCUGAGCGAGGGCAGCUCCCACAGUGACAGCUCAGAGUCCUCGGACAGCCUGGCACCCAUGGGUGCGUCCCGCAUCACGGCCAGAUGGUGGGGCACCAAGCGGAUCGACUAUGCUCUCUACUGCCCUGAUGUCCUCACCGCCUUCCCCACCGUCGCCCUGCCCCAUCUCUUCCACGCCAGCUACUGGGAGUCCACUGACGUGGUCGCCUUCAUCCUGAGACAGGUGAUGCGCUACGAGAGCGUGAGCGUCAAGGAGAGUGCUGGCCUGGACCCCGCAGCACUGAGCCCCAGCAACCCCCGCGAGAAGUGGCUCCGCAAGCGGACCCAGGUCAAGCUGCGGAAUGUCACUGCUAAUCACCGGGCCAAUGAUGUGAUUGCUGCUGAAGACGGCCCCCAGGUCCUGGUGGGACGCUUCAUGUAUGGGCCUCUCGACAUGGUGGCUCUGACUGGAGAGAAGGUGGACAUCCUGGUGAUGGCAGAGCCAUCCUCGGGCCGCUGGGUACACCUGGACACAGAGAUCACCAACAACAGCGGUCGGAUCACAUACAAUGUGCCCCGGCCCCGGCGCUUGGGGAUUGGUGUGUACCCCGUGAAGAUGGUUGUCAGGGGUGACCAGAGCUGUGCGAUGAGCUACCUCACAGUGCUGCCCAGGGGCAUGGAGUGCGUGGUGUUCAGUAUCGACGGGUCCUUUGCGGCCAGCGUGUCCAUCAUGGGCAGUGACCCCAAGGUCCGGCCAGGUGCAGUGGAUGUGGUACGGCACUGGCAGGACCUGGGAUACAUGAUCCUUUAUAUCACGGGACGGCCAGACAUGCAGAAGCAGCGGGUGGUGUCGUGGCUGUCCCAGCACAACUUCCCACAGGGCAUGAUCUUCUUCUCUGACGGGCUGGUGCACGACCCACUGCGGCAGAAGGCCAUCUUCCUCCGAAACCUCAUGCAGGAGUGCUUCAUCAAAAUCAGUGCUGCCUAUGGCUCCACCAAGGACAUCUCCGUCUACAGCGUGCUGGGCCUGCCAGCCUCCCAGAUCUUCAUUGUGGGCCGGGCCACCAAGAAGUACCAAACCCAGUGCCAGUUCCUGAGCGAAGGCUAUGCCGCACACCUGGCUGCGCUGGAGGCCAGCCACCGCUCGCGCCCCAAGAAGAACAACUCACGCAUGAUCCUGCGCAAAGGCAGCUUCGGGCUGCACGCACAACCCGAGUUCCUGCGCAAGCGCAACCACCUGCGCAGGACCCUGUCUGUGCAGCAGCCAGACCCACCGGCCGUCAACCCCAAGCCAGAGCGGGCCCAGAGCCAGCCCGAGUCCGACAAGGACCACGAGCGGCCGCUGCCCGUGCUCAGCUGGGCGCGUGGGCCCCCCAAGUUCGAGUCGGUGCCCUGAGGGGCAUAAGUGCUCAGAGCAGGGGGGCAACCAGGCUGCCUGCAGGGACGGGAAGGCUGCCUUCUCCCCGACACAGGCGUUUUCCUGCUUUUUCCCUCCCGUGUCUGUCCAGCCGUGUCCGAUCAGAGUGGGGAGGGACCCUUCUGGCCUUGGGGAGCUCCCAGGCUUUGACGGGGUAAAAUCCGGGGUCCCAGAGCCGCUGCCGCUGCUGCCUCCUCACACAGGGACGGUGAGCCCGAGUCAGGGCAGAUGUUUGUGUCAUCCUGGGGACAGGCCAGCCGGAGCCCACUGUCCCAGCAGAGUCGAGCAUCUUUCCGCGUCCCCAGGCUUCCGCGGCCAGGCUAGGCGAGCUCUACAUGGAGGCCCCAGCCCGGGGACCAGCAGCCGCUGGCAGGUGCUGCCUCUUGGCUGUCUUGCAGAGGAGUGAGUGGCAUCUGUGCCCGCCCUCCUUGUGACAUCCCCAAUCACCACUUCGGUAAAGUGGUCAUUUCUGGGAGUGAGAGGAUGCCCCCUAGGUUCAUCCUCAUGUAAGUGGUGUCUGUCCACAGCCCUGGGGCCAGGUCUGGUGCUGACGGUCUGUCCGCCUGCAGCUGUCCUUUGCCCCCUACUCUUGUCCUCAGUAUCCUCACUAUUCUCCGGUGGCCCUUGAGGACAGGUGUUUAUCUUCCAGAAUCCCCACCUUGUGCCCUUCCUCCCUGUGAGGCUGCAGACUUGGGUUCUGGCCCAGCUGGGCUGGCUGUGUGCCCCUGAGUCUGUUGCUUACCCUCUCUGGACCUGGCCUUCUUUCUGUAAAUUGGAGGAGGUCCACCCCCUAGCUGAGAUGGGUAUACAUUUUUGACGCAGAGGCAGCCCUAAACUUCUGAACCUGAGAUUUUUCAGCGUGCAGGUUAAGGUAGCCUUUUCACACAGCCUCACUGAAGGGUUCUGCUCCAGAGGAAGCCUCUGCUCCAUGGAGAGCCACAGCAGCACUGCUUUGCACUGGGGCCAAAAUAGGGUGUCCCAGGGACAGAAUCCUCCCCCAGAGGGUACUGAUCUGGCCCCUCCACCCCCAGCUCUGCUCAGACCUAUUUCCCUGUUGCUUUCUGGAAAGCCUAGAGUUGAGAAACCAGGGUUCUGGGGCCUUCAUGGAAUUUUGGCCCAAACUGUUGUAUUCCUUCCCUUCCAGCUACCACUUAGCUUGGUUUGAGCCUCUCACUGGGUAGGGCCCCUGAGGGUGGCUGGACUUGGCUCUCCUGGGGUGCCUCAAAGUCUGCCCAGGUCCUCCUGCUACUGAGCCCCUUGCCCAGGCAAAGGUGUCGUGCACCUUCCUGUGCUCCCUGGCCCAGGCUCACACCUGUGAUGGAGCUGCCCUUGGCUGCCUCUGUGCGCCCGUGGGCUGCUUCUGAGGCCGGCCCUAGCUAUUUGCCAGGCCGCCCAGACGUCUGUAUACACAGCAGGCACCUGUGUGAGCUCAGUGUCGCUUCUGCUCAAUGUCUACCUCUUGCAGCUCCCCUACAGCCCAUGGCGGCUGCUCCUGGGGGCAGUUGGCACCAUUGUUGUGAAUCACCUUGGCAACCUGGGCACCCUGCUGGGACUGGAGGGGUCUGGGCUCUGAGUCCCCACCCCUGCACCUUCUCCAGCCUGCCAGCUACUGCCACCUUUGCCUGACCCAUGUGCCAGCUCUUGUAAUCCACUCUCAGCACUGUAUCCUGUGUCCAAACCCCAGGAGGAUGCCGGGGAGCUGGGGACCAGCCUUGGCUCCUUCUUCGGUCCUGGCUCCGGUGGGCAGUGCACACAGGCUCAUCCCCCUUUACCGUGGCAUUGUUCUUGGCUCUCCUGGCACCAGCUCAUAUGGAGUAGCACUUCAUUCCUAACCCUUUCUGCUCCUUCCCCCCAAAUACCUUGAUUUAAACUUGGGCAGAAUUAUUUUCUAAUUUUCUGACACUCCGUCAUUUUCUCUUUGGCAGACGUCACUGAUGUGUUACUUUCAAAUGAUGAACUAAUUAGUGUGAGAUCUUUUUCCCCCAGUUAGAUUCCCUCCCCCUUUCUGAGAACCCCAGGCUGGGGAGCGGGGUGGAUGGGAGUGAGGGUAUACACUUGUGAGCUGGGGUGCCCAGGGAGUUUAGAAUAAGUGACCAGGGCUGUGUUUCUGGGGGUUAGAACUGAGACACAGGACCCAGCAGGAGGGCUACCAGCCCUUCCUUUGCUGCAACCCUCUAUGGGGACUUGGAUGACUCCCAUACAAGAUGCUGGUUGUGUACAGGGCUAUAUUGUGAACACAACACCCUUGGAGCUAUAGUUGGUGUGUGUGAGUGUGUGUACUUGCAGUUCUGUUUAGUGAUGAGACUACUUAUGUCUCGGUGUUGCCUUUUUGGCAAGUGUGUCCCCCAUAUGCACUUUCGAUACUAGUAGAGUGUUCAAUUUUGUGUGUCAGGUCAGAGACAAAAAGAACUGAGUCCUGUUGUUGUCUGGAGAGGGUGCUGUUGCCUCUCCUCCAGAAGUUCUGUGACCCCUAGUCCAGCUGUUUUUAGACUCCUUCUAGCUCCUGGUGUGCCUGCUAUCCAGCAGCUGGAAAACAGAUCUUCCCCGCUGACCAAAGCUGCUUGUUUUUCAUGUGGCAUGUUUGUUCUUCCCCAUCCAGUGGCUAUGCUGGCUGAGGGCCUGCCCGCUGCCUGCCUUCCUCUAUUACUUGCCCUCUUGGGGGUUCAGGGUGCAUCUUUCGCCAGGGCCUGCUCUUCCAGCAUCAUGGUUUUCCCCCUGAAGAUCUUGACUCCUGUUAAAGAACCUUAAGAUAUUAAAAAAAGAAAAAGGUUCCUUUGUGUGUUUGGAUAAACAGCCUUCCUGUCUGGGUGCUGGCUGCAGCAACCACAUCUGAAUUCCAGUAUUGCCAAGAUUAUUUGGGGUGGCUCUUUGAAGGAAGGGGAGGCAGGAUCUUAGGGUUUUUAAACUGUACUUUUUUCACUUUGAAGCCCAGACAUGUGCCCCAGAAGCGUCCUGCAGACGGAACAUCCACCAACCUUUAAAUGAGAUCGGAUUCCACCUGAGGCAGGUGGACCUGGGUCGGAGGUGGCACCAGUUUUCCACCUGGUUCAGGUGCAGCCCUGCCUAGGAGGGGAGCCCUGACUGGGAAAGAGCCUUGCAGUUGACCCCGCCUUAAUCAACCAACUUUCCAGCUGAAUCCCGGGGGGCUUGGGUGUCAAGUGCUCUGGAAACCUAUUUUCUUUGGUUCAAUCAAAAACCUCCAUGCAUCCUUUUAGGCUUGGGGGAAUCUUCAACAUCCGAAUUAGGGUUAAGUCCAAGCAGCGAGGCCUGGCUGGGUUCUGCUGUCCCUGCUGAGAAAUCAACAGGGUGUUUGGCAGGAUAAUCAAGAGUUCAGCUUCACUCUCUUUGGGACUCAGCAGAGGCAGGUGACACCAAGGAGUGACAGGCCAGAGAAGGGCGGCUCAUGCAUGGGGACCCCCUCCGUUGGAUCCCACUGUCCCUUUCUGUUUGUUUACUCAGUGGUGGCAGCCGGUCUGACCUUGUCUGUGGUCUGACUGUUCCUAAGUGUGUAACUUUCAGUAUUAUCUGUGAUCGAUGGCUCUGUGCUGGAAAAGGUUUAUUGUAUUCCUAUGGCUGCCUUGUACAAAAUCCGUUAGAAAAGGACAUGUAAAAUAUCAGAUUUAUAAUAAGACAAACACAGCAUUAUGGAGUUAAAAGAUUUUUACAAUUGGUCUUGAUUUUGAUGUGAGCUGGUUUUUAACUCUCAAACAUUGUCACUUAAAUAAAAACCUUAUUUGCCUUUCAAA